AUGCAGAACAUGCCAAGAGCAAAAGUAGAAGAACUGAUGUUGUUGAGAAAGAGGAGUAUUGAGAAGGCGAAUAAUGUGACAGAAAGCAAACAAGUAAACAUCUCAAAGAAAAAGUCCAAUAUUGGUGGUCACAAUAAGAAGAAUGAAGGUGGAAAGGAGUUGUUCAAGGUGACGAUAAUAAGGGAAGAGACAGAGAAGUUGAGCAUAAAAGAAAACAAACACAAAUCAGGAACACAUUCUAAGGCGUGCUUUUGCGCACCAACCACUCAUGAAGGUUCAUUCAGGUGUCGUCUCCACCGCAAGAAAUCAGCCACAGAUAAUAAGAGCAAUCUGAGGGUGAAUUCCCAGUGUGCACAAGGGAAACUAGAGUUUCAGCCUCAUUUUUCAAUGUUUGGUAGGGUUCCCUCUCUUCAAGUUGGACCACAUGGUAGCCUACUCAAACUCUCUAGGAUGGAUUCAGUUUAA